AUGGCCACUGCCACUGCUGGCGACAGGAGCAAGAAAGCCACAGAGGCGCAUGCGACACCUGGGGGCGGGAAUGCGCGAUGGCCGCCCACGAUGAUGUCGGGCCAUGAGGAGCUGCCACAUAAGGAAGCCCUCGAGCUGAUUGCGCACGGUGCGCCGGUCUACAAGGGACGCAAGAAGGCGAUCCCUCACGCAUCGGAUCAGCACUAUGUGCUCUACGUGACAAGCUCCAAGACCCGAAGCGGAGGCACCGAUGUUGCGAAGCCGCACGAUGCCAUGUCGCAUCUCAUGACAAUGAGGAUCCAGGCGAGCGGACACACAUCGCAUCCCUGGGAAACGAUAGAGCAGCCCAGUUACGCCUUCUACUACGGUCGCCUGGGCGGCACCAUCACGCUUAAUCAGUGGGCCGCCGCGGCGAGCAAUAUUCCAUCCAAGAUUCCGCUGAGGGACUCGGGUGUCAUGCCGCGAGAGGUGAGCUUGGAGCAGAUCUUUACGCGAUUGAAGGAUUUGCAGCUGGGUUUGGAGGACGAUGACUUGAGCCUCUUGUACCGAUCUCUCUACAAACGCUUCCUGCGAGAUCCCGACAGGCUUCUAAGUCCACACAAGACGCUGGACAAGCAGAUUGCCGACUUGAUCAUGGCGCUCUCACGCCCUGAUUGGAUCGACUACACCGAGCCAAAAAAUCAGGUCGUGACUCGCUUCAUAUUUGAUGGCUCCACCGAGGAGAGCCGGGAGCAGUAUCACAAAUUCUUCCACCAGCUGCUCCUUAGCCUCGAGCUGGAGUUGCGCAUUCAGUCGCAGCAUCACGAUGACUGGGCCAAAGAGAAGUUGCUACAACAGAUGCCCCCGACGAUCAAAUGGAAUCUGGCACUUGCGAGACGGUGGCGUGAGAAUGUCCGAGUGGAUGCGUAUGGCAAUUCGCCCGAGGAAGUGAAACUGCGAUAUAAGCUGAAGAAGCGCCAAGUAAAGCAGCUCAAGAAGUUUGCUCAGAUCAUGAAAUGGCCUAACCUAAGGGAAACAAUGGAAAGCCUAGAUCAGAAGGAUGAGGAAUUUACUCUGGACUCCAUAAGCUCAGAUGCGUUUGCCUACUUUAGUGGACUUGUACUUCCUGGACCGACAUUCUCGUUCCUCAUUAUGAACACGCUCAUCGAUCUAGACCCAGACCCGGCAACGAAUGAGUUAGCCCUGCUUUCACAUACGCACCCGCAAGUUGGCUUUCAGUAUCGUAAUAGUCACACAUACUGGUCGGCAAGCUGCAUUGUGGGUAAAGUGCUGGCCCCUACAUGCCACUCGGUCGCAGGUUGGGUCGGGCCUGGCAGGCCAACGUCGGAGCUUGGCCGGUCUCAGAUUGCCCGCAUCCGAACCAGGCUGCCGAAGCAACGAAUGACCCGUGAGGACGUAGAGACGAUGAGUACGCGGUCCGAUGCGCUAGGGCCGCGGGCAGAUGCAUAUCCUGUGCGCGAGUAUAAGCUACCCGAGCUCGAUGGUGCGAGGUACAUGGUGGACGCAGUGAGGAUGGAGCUUCUGAGCUUUAAACCAGUUAACGCCACGGGUCGUGAGAGCAACACUACCAGCCCUCGGCUUUUCGAUGCCCAAGCCCAAUUUGCUAUUGAUGGCGUUUCUUGGCCUUUACGGCUCAUGUACGACGUAAGCUUCAUUUCCGCGUGGCCGUGUUCGGAAGGGCCACACCCCCUGUUCUACGACUAUGUAUACCAGCUCGUCAAGGCGGACGAGAUUAUCAAAAUACGCAACUGGGGCGGUUUGUAUGGAGCGGACGGCCAGAACUCUGGGCCCAGUAGCGCCGCCUCGAGCCCUCCACCGGCGGCCGACGCGGCAAAUGCCGUGGUUGAUAGGGAUGUCGACGAUGAGAAGGUGCUUGUGGUGGACGCAGUAGGUGUUCGAGACAAUGAGGUGCUGGCGAGAGCUUGGUGCGCUCAUUGGGGCCUCAGUGCAGUAGUGGCGGAUGUCCACAAGACUUGCAUGGCUUGUGCUAUCAGAGAAGCAUAUGCGGCGACAUUAACGGUAGUAAUCCUGGUCGAGGACCAGCCACACGAUGACCAUGAAUGA